AUGGGUUGCAUGAAACCAAAAAUCUGCCACAAGUCAGGCGAAGUUUUGACAUCGGAAGAAGCUGGACGAUAUGCUUUGAUUCCGUUUGAUGCUUCGAAUCCUGACGAAUCAAACGAUCUGAAGAAGAACAACACUGUCUACUCGUAUACCAAGGAGUGCUUUGAAGAAGUCUCGACGCUUGAUUUCUCCAGAACCUAUGACAUUGUGGAACCAAGUACUAGUACAUCCUCCUCCAAAACAGCAACAUUUGUCAUGGUUCAUGGUGGAGGGGCAUCACGUCAAAUGUUCCAAGCACACGCCAAGAUAUUAGCUGAAAAGGGACACCGGUCCAUUCUAGUGGAUCUUCCAGGACACGGCACAUUGACAGAGGCCAAGUUGACCCUCGAGAGCUGUGCAGAGACUGUCAAAUCCGUUCUGGACGAGAAUCAAGAAUCCUUAAAGCUGACCAAGGCGAACACGAUUUACGUUGGUGCUAGUUUCGGUGCUUACACUGGUUUCUACACUAUGGACAAGUUAAAGGAUCGAUUCUGCGGUGCCAUUCUGAUGGACUGUGGUCAAAAUGUGGGACCUGACUGUUCGUUCAAGGCCAGCGCUGGACUAUGGUUCCUUAAGAUGAUUUCCAAGAAUAUGAGCAACGCCAGCUUGAUGGGCACCUUUAAGGACGUUACCGCCAAGUCCCCCGCGGAUUGGAAAUUGAUCGAGUCUACCUUCGGAGCUGGAAUGUUCUUUGACUCUGCCGUGGACCAAGUGGAGGUUUUGCACAGCGUCAAGCCAGCAGACCACAUUCCCAACUUGGAUUUUCCCAUUCUCUUUAUGAACGGAAGUGAAGAUUACCGUGAUUCGGAAAAGCUAUGGCUAAGUCUCUGCAAGGUUCAAGAAGGCUCCUCGUUGAAAGUCUUUGAGGGUGGUGAUCAUUUCUUCACACACGAUUCUAGAUUUGUUUCUGAAAUGAUGGACAUGAUGGAUACGUUUGCCAAGGAUCGGAUGAACUAG